AUGACUCGAAAUGCGCCUGACACGCCCUUGUUCGCGGCCAUCAAGUACGACAAUGGCAAAACUCUUCUCCAGGAGACAGGCGUUCCCGUGGACGUUGAUGGUGCCGUAUCUACGCACCAUCAAGAAGCGCAAGACGACAAGCAGUCACUUGUCAAUUGCAAGAAACUGCAAGGCUUUCAAGAGGAUGCAGAUGAUUCCUCGCCGCCAGUUUUCAAGCACACAAAAAAGUCGCACGCGUCCUGGACAAUUGGGAGUCUGGGCAUGCUGCUCCUUGUCGCCUUCAUCCCAGUCAUUCGUGGUGGUCCGUUGCACCCUCCAAAAGAGCUUCAAGAGGAUACCACUGACGCGGCUGAUUGGAUUGAGCUGCUGCCACAAGACGUUGUGAGUCAUCUGGACACUCAAGUGGAUCCGUGCGACGAUCUGUACGCGUUUAGUUGCGGGUCGUGGCUUAAACAAGCUGAGAUCCCUGACGACCAGUCGAGCGUGUAUCUGUCGUUUACCACCGUGCACGAUGAGAACCAAAAGGUCCUGAAAAAAGUGAUGCAGCAAGGAUGGCCACUACUCGGCGAUCUGUACGACUCUUGCAUGAAUUUUAGCAACACAAGCAGCGCGACAGCAGACGCAGCGUCGGUGUCGGUCUUGUCGCCAGCACUUGAGCAAAUUGAAGCUGUGACGAGCAAAAGCGAAUUGUUUCAGCUGGCUGGCAAGUUGUCAAUAGUAGGGUCUAAUUUUUUUACGGGGCUCGGAGUGUCGGCAGAUGCUAGAGAAGCGACCGCGUACGCGCUGUACGCGUCCCAGACGGGUCUUUCGCUGCCGGAUCCGCAGUACUACCUGGACCACAAAAUGUUUAAAUCGAUCAGUGACGCAUUUCAUGCGUACGUCGUGGAGUUGUUUUCGCUGGUUGGCUUGGAAUCACACAAAGCAGCAUCGCAAGCUUCCUCAGUAAUUUCUUUUGAGCAAACGAUCGCACCGUUGUUCGUACCGAAGGAAGAGCUGCAGGAUCCGGUGGCAACAUACAAUCGUAUGACUGUAGCUCAGGCCGCUGAGAAGUACCCGUUACUCGUCGCACAGUUCAUGGAUGGGAAGGGGAUGCUGGAGAACCUAGUUGCUCGGAACGCUAGUGUCAUUGUCCAAACGCCUUCGUUCUUUGAGCGUGUUGGGGAUCUCGUGACUGGAGAUUCUGUGACGCUCGACACUCUGAAAGCCGUGCUUACGUACCAAUACAUCAACGCCCAUGCAAGUGCCUUGAGUGAGCCUUUCGUCCAGGCGUCUUUCUCUUUCUUCGCGCAAACGCUCGGGGGCCAAAAGAAACGUGCUCCGCGAUGGAAGGUGUGUGUUCAGCGUGUUGUAGACUAUUUUCCUGAUUUGGCUGGCAAGUACUUUGCACUUCAUCGUUUUGACAAGGCUAGUGAGCGACUUGCCGACCAGCUCGUGAUGCACGUCCAAGCAUCGUUUGAGAAGGAUCUUGAGCAUGUGGAUUGGCUUGACGAACCCACUCGGCAGGGUGCUAUUGACAAGUUGGGCAACAUGACCAACCUCAUCGGGUAUUCGAACCGCACCGAACAUUUCCCGCACAAACUGCGCGGUGACGCGCCACUCGUCAAAAACAUGCGGAUGAUCUGGAAGCACUACUUUGAUCGAGAUGUGGCACGGAUCGGUCGCCGUGUAGUCCGCAACGAAUGGGCUAUGACAGGCGCUGAUGAAAACGCUUACUACCAGCCAACAGCAAACCAGAUUGCCGUCCCUGCCGGGAUUCUCCAGCGGCCGUUUUUCGCUCGCGAACAACACCCUGCACGCAAUUUCGGCGCGAUUUGUAGUAUCAUUGGGCACGAACUCACGCAUGGCUUCGAUGCCUCUGGAAGACAAUUUGAUGGUGGCGGCAACUUGCGGGACUGGUGGAGCAAUGACACGGAAACGAAGUUCUUACAGCGGACUGAUUGUUUUGUGAGGCAAUACGAUGAGUUUGCGGUGACAAGUGGCGACGAUCAGGACAAAGUGCUGGGUCACGUCAAUGGCAAUUUCACUCUCAGCGAGAACAUCGCGGACAACGGUGGUCUAAAGUUGUCCUUCCACGCAUAUCGGACCUACGUCGCCAAGCAGGCCAAGGAGCUGAAUAAGAUCAACGAAGAUGAAGCAACAACCGUUUUGCAAAGCCAGCCAAAGCUUGACAUACCUGCCGAUGUGGCUGACAAGCUUUUCUUCAUCUCAUUCGCCCAGGAGUUUUGCUCUAAGGUGAGUGACGCCAGCAUGAUUGAGAUGUUGGCCACAGAUCCGCACUCGCCUAACCAGUGGCGCAUAAAUGGAGCUGCAAGCAACUCGCACGAUUUCGCACGCGUGUUUUCGUGCCCUGCUGGCUCACCCAUGAACCCAACGAAAAAGUGUAAGCUUUGGUAG